GGUGCCUCCGUUUCCUUCCGGUUGAGGCAAGACAAACGCACUUCCUGUUUGGGGCCCUGUGCUGUUUGGGUGAAUCUGAGACGAGAAUUAAAGGUCAUACGGCUGAUGUAUAAGUGAUGACAAGACACGGGAAGAACUGCACAGCGGGGGCUGUAUAUACCUAUUACGAGAAGAAAAAGGACACAGCUGUUUCGGGGUAUGGGACACAAUCCCUGCGCCUCAGUAAAGAUGCCAUCAAGGAUUUUGACUGCUGCUGUUUGUCAUUGCAACCCUGCACAGAUCCAGUUAUAACGCCUGAUGGUUAUAUAUAUGAAAAGGAAGCAAUUCUGGAAUAUAUCUUGCACCAGAAAACUGAAAUUGCUAAGAAAAUAAAGGCUUACGAGAAACAGAAGAAUGUCAAGAAGACGGAGCUGGCAGAACUGGCGAAGGCUGAGAAGGAGACCAAAGUCAAGGCAUUCCUGGAGAAAGAGUCGACCAUCGUCAGCAAGCCGCUGAAUCCCUUCAGCUCCAAAGAGGGGGAGGCCAAGGCUGGUUCCAGCACAAAACCCAUUCAGCCAGAGGAUGAAAAGCACUUGCCCAGUUUUUGGAUCCCGUCACUCACUCCUGAGGCGAAAGUGUCCGCCAUGAGAAAACCGGAUAAGACUGUCUACUGCCCAAUGAGUGGGAAACCUCUGAAGAUGAAAGACCUGAUUCCUGUCAAUUUCUUGCCAGUUGACAAUAAGCUGGACCGUGUCCAGCUGAUCACGAGGCAGGAGCGCUAUGUCUGUGCGGUGACACGGGAUGUUCUGGGAAACUCUGUGCCAUGUGCUGUGCUUCGACCAUCAGGGUCUGUGGUCACCAUGGAGUGCGUGGAGAAACUGAUUAAACAUGACAUGGUUGAUCCGAUCAGUGGAGCGAAACUGACAGAGAAGGACAUAAUCCUGAUUCAGAGGGGUGGGACUGGAUUUGCAGGAUCCGGAGUGAAAUUGGAAGCAAAGGAGUCGAGGCCAGUGAUGCAGGCGUAACAACACAGCAGUUCUUGGAGCCCAUUGUCCGUCAGGUGCCUGAGCAAACAAGUGGAUGUUUUCCUGUUUUCAUUCCCCAUCAUCAGCACUUGCACUCAACUCCAGUUUGAGUGAUUCAGAUAUUUACUGGUGACUAUAGCCCCUCUGCAAAUGGUUUAAAAAAGUAAAUCACAAUAGUCCAAGGAAACACAAGACUGACCAGGAGUCCCUGCUGUGUAUUAGUUUUUGGCACUCCCAUUUGUGACUGACACUCUCCUAUUUCUGUUAUUAUGUGGGAGCCAGUCAAAAUGCCAUUUAUUUCACCUUUAUGGUCAAUUUCUAUUUCCAACACAUUCUUGAUAUUUUCUAUUUAAUAAAGUUAUCAUCUUCUCUCUG